AUGGAAGGUAUAAUGAGCCAUGAAAAUGACCUUAAUUUGAAGGCAACUGAACUCAGAUUGGGAUUGCCAGGCACAGAUGAACCUACUUCUAAGAAUAACAAGCGAGCCGCGAAUGAAUUGGUCGAGGACAGUGAAUUAUUAAAGGGAAAGUCCGAUGCCAAAGCCGGAGACAUUGAAACUGCACCUGCAUCUAAGUCACAGAUUGUUGGCUGGCCACCGGUGAGAUCCUACCGAAAAAACGUCGUCCAACCCAAAAAGACAGAAGCUGAAACUGGGAAUUAUGUAAAAGUAAGCAUGGAUGGAGCCCCUUAUCUCAGAAAAAUAGAUCUGAAAAUUUACAAGGGAUAUCAAGAACUCCUCAAGGCUUUGGAAAACAUGUUCAAACUCACUAUAGGGGAGUAUUCAGAAAGGGAAGGCUACAAAGGAUCUGAAUAUGCACCAGCUUAUGAAGAUAAAGAUGGUGAUUUGAUGCUUGUCGGAGAUGUUCCAUGGGACAUGUUCAUAUCAACCUGCAAGAGACUCAGAAUUAUGAGAGGAUCAGAAGCAACUGCCUAG